GACCAGCUCAAGAUGGCAAACCAGGGCUACGAUGUGGUAGUCGAUGUGGACACCGAGGGCGACCUCGGCCAUACCGACCUCCAGGAAGACCUCGAAUUCCACCGUUCCAACUUCGAUAACGACCAACGCAACGCCAAAUCCCAACCCGACACCACGCCCUUCCUCGGCGGAAGUUCCUCCCGCCGUCGUGACCGAUCCCCCGGCGGCACCCCAACCAAGCACGCCUGGUGGUCCAUCCACUACUACUCACAAUUCUUCGACGUGGACACCAACGAAGUCCUCCGCCGCUGCGUCGCCACCCUCUACCCACGCAGCAACUUCCUCGACGUCCUCGAAGGCAACCCCGACCUGUACGGCCCAUUCUGGAUCGCAACCACCGUCGUGGUGAUCCUCUUCCUCACCGGCACCAUCUCGCAAUGGCUCUCCAACAACGACGACGAACACUUCGAAUACGAUUUCACGCUGCUCUCCGGCGCCGCGGGCCUAGUCUACGGCUACACGGGCAUCAUCCCCAUUGCUCUGUGGGGCGCGCUUCGCUGGUUCGGCAGCUCCAGCGCUGACUUGGUCGAGGAGUGGGCGCUCUACGGAUACUCCAAUUUGGUCUGGAUUGGCGUGGCCUUGGUCAGCUGGAGUCCGUUGACCGCGUUAAAUUGGGCGCUCGUGGGCGUUGGCUUCGGCUGGACCGUCUUUUUCCUCCUCCGCAAUUUGUAUCCCGUAUUGAGUGCUACUGAUGCCAAGGCGAGUAAGAUUCUCUUGGUUUUGGUGAUUGUGCUGCAUGCGGGUUUUGCGUUGGCGAUUAAGAUUUUGUUCUUUGCGCAUGGAAGCCCCGUUUCGAAGAAGAAUAAGGAUCACGAUGACGAUCACCACGAUGAUAAGCGACGGAUGGUCGGAUGGUAGAAGGUGUGGGGUGGCUUUGUUCCAGGAGUAUUGUACUGAUGCUUCAUGCUUGUGCUGUUCCCAAAAAAAAAAAAAA